AGAAAAAAAAACAGUCGCUCUUUUGUUUACGUUGUGGCAGACUACACAGUCGAGUGGUCCAAAAUCAGCUAUGAUCUAAUCGUUUGGAAUUUAUCGUGAUAAUUAGUGGUAAAGGUGAUCCGCGGGUUCUAUGAGAGUGUAGGAGCCAUGGGUGUAGUGAAGAGCAAGGUCUCGAGAUGGUGCUGCGGCAGGUCGGAGUCUUACGACUUGCGGGAGCUGCCGCGCCCGCCAAGGCUGGACACCUCCAACCUGUCCAACGAUGUGACCGAUGGCACCAGACUGGGCGUGCUCGCCGUCCAAGGCAUCGACUUCUGCAAUGACACCAACGGGGAAAACCAUCACACGAGCAAAUUCAAUCUGAUGAGCAGACCCGUGGACCGCUGUCUCGUCGUGCGGCGAGGACAGGCCUUCAAACUCGACCUGCUGCUCAACCGGCCCUAUGAUGCCUCUAGGGACGCGCUCUCCUUUAUUUUCUACGUGUCCGAUGUGGAGAAACGUGGACCAUCAGACGACACAUCAGCUGCAGUUCCACUGUUGGACAAAGGAUCAGAGAUGCCCGGAGCCUGGACGGCCGUGUACGAAGGUCAAAUGGACUCCCACCUGAUGGUCGCCGUCACGGCGUCAGCCAACUGCAUAGUCGCUGCUUGGAGACUCGACGUUGACACGAAGCUAAAGACUGGAGGGUCCUUGAGCUAUACGCAUCCACAGCCUAUUUAUGUGCUAUUUAAUCCUUGGUGCUUAAACGAUGAGGUUUAUAUGCCAGGACAUAGCCAUCGUGAAGAAUAUGUUCAAGAAGAUGGUGGUCUGAUGUUUCGUGGCGUUUACAACAGAAUAAAGCCAACGCCAUGGAAUUACGCUCAGUACGAGAAAGACAUUCUGGACUGCGCGCUUUAUCUAGUCAGAGAAAUCGGAAAGGUGAAAGGUCGCGCCAGAAGUGACCCCAUUCGGACAGUUCGGGCGUUAUCCGCCGCCGUAAACGUCCAGGAUGACAAUGGCGUGCUGAUGGGCAACUGGGGCGCCGAGCUCAGCGACUACGACGGAGGAACACACCCGCUCAAGUGGGUCGGAUCCCUCGCUAUCCUGCAGACGUAUUACACCAAGAAGAAACCCGUCAAAUACGCGCAAUGCUGGGUUUACGCAGGUGUUUUAACCACAAUUUGCAGAGCUCUGGGUAUCCCCUGUCGGCCGGUGACAGGGUACGACGCGGCGCACGACAGCCAGGGCAGCCUCACCGUCGACAUCAUCAAGGACGAGGACGGUAACACGCUCGACCACUUCACGGAGGACUCUGUCUGGAACUACCAUGUUUGGAACGAGGUAUGGUUGGAGAGACCGGACCUAGGCCCCGAGUACGGCGGCUGGCAAGCCAUCGACUCGACGCCACAAGAAAUGUCAGAGGACCUGUUCCGCUGCGGCCCGGCCUCCAUACGCGCGGUUCGCGACGCCGACAUUCAGAAACCGUAUGACGCGGGAUACGUUUUCGCGCAAGUCAAUGCUGAUAAGGUAUUAUGGAAAUAUUCCGGCGAAAUCCAGCCUCUCAAGCUAUUGGCUCGCGACACGACUUCUGUUGGAAAAAAUAUAUCUUCUAAAGCCAUCGGAAAGAUGGAACGAGAGGAUAUAACUGACUCCUACAAGUUUCCGGAGCGCACGUGGGAGGAGCGCGCGACGAUGGAAAAAGCUCUGCGUCGGUCAUCCAACAUAUUUGCUCGAUACUACCUCAACGAUGCCUUCAACGAUGUGGUGUUUGACUUCGAGCUGAGAGAUGAUAUCAAGAUCGGGCAGGACUUCAGUGUGAUCCUACACAUGAACAACCGUUCCUUAGAGACCAAGCACCAAGUGAAAGGCGUGCUGCGAGUAGACACCGUGACGUACACGGGCAAGUCCGGCGAGUCCGUCAAACGACAGGAGUUCGACACGACGCUCGCACCCGAGGCCAAGGAGCAGGUCACCAUGCUAGUCACUUUCGACGAGUACUACAAGCGACUCAUAGAUCAGGCAUCCUUCAACAUCGCCUGUCUCGCCUCAAUAGUGGACAAGAACUUCGACUACUUCGCGCAGGACGACUUCCGAGUCCGCAACCCCGACAUCAAGAUCACCGUGGAAGGCAAGCCGGUGUCGCACAAGGAGUUCACUGUUACAGUCAAGUUGGAGAACCCGCUGCCUAUACCGCUGAAGAAUGGAAAGUUCUACAUCCAGGGCCCGGGAUUGGAUGAGCAGCUCAAGAUCUCUCUGGAUGAGAACGUGCCUCCCGGCGAGUUCGCGACCGCACAGUUCAAGCUGACGCCGCCGUGGGCCGGACGGCACCAGAUCUCAGCCAAGUUCACAUCCAAGGAGAUACGCGACAUCGACGGCUUCCUCAUCCUCAUGGUCGCGCCCCCUGAGACCAAUGGAUACUCGGAAACAAACGGAUUAUAAGAAAACUUCUUGGAC